UUCCUCUUGGUACGUUCCAAGAUGGCGGCCCCCAUGGUACGGUGUGGAGUGCUUCUGGCUCACAGACUUUCUGCGCCUCCGCGUUUUCCGGCAGGGAAGAGAUGCCUGCUUUCUGCAGCAUAUGUGGACAGUCACAAGUGGGAAGCAAGAGAAAGAGAGCGUUGCCACCUGGCUGAUCUUGCAUCUUUAAUGGACAAAACAUAUGAAAGAAAGUUGCCUGUUAGUUCUUUGACAAUAUCACGGUUUGUGGACAACAUUUCAUCUCGAGAAGAUAUAGAUCACGCAGAGUACUAUAUUUACAAAUUUCGACACAGUCCCAACUGCUGGUACCUGAGAGACUGGAUUAUCCACACUUGGAUCAGGCAGUGUCUGAAAUAUGGUGCACAAGACAAAGCUUUAUAUACCCUUGUUAAUAAGGUUCAGUAUGGAAUCUUUCCAGAUAACUUUACAUUCAAUUUACUGAUGGAUUCUUUCAUAAAGAAAGAAAAUUACAAAGAUGCUUUAUCUGUGGUUUUUGAGAUCAUGAUGCAAGAAGCCUUUGAAGUACCUUCCACCCAGCUUCUCUCCCUCUAUGUUUUAUACCACUGCCUGGCACAGAAGACAGACCUCACGUGGGAGGAAGAGAGGAACUUUGGUGUGUCCCUGUUACUUCCAGGCCUAAAACAAAAGAACCCAGUGGGUUUGAGCUCCCAGUUGUACGGCUGUGCACUUCUUGGGAAGGUGGAGCUGCAGCAUGGACUACGGGCUGUGUACCACAACAUGCCUCUGAUAUGGAAACCGGGCUACCUUGACAGAGCCCUUCAAGUGAUGGAGAGAGUGGCCUCAUCUCCUGAAGACCUCAAGCUGUGUAGAGAAGCGCUCGGUGUGCUGGAUGGCGUACUGAAGGUGGUGACUUCUCCAGCUGAUCAGGCUUCAGAGCCACAGCCCCAAGAAGGCAAGGACAGCCUGGGCUCAGCAAACCUGCUGGAGCAGCUAGACAUCGAGGAACCAGAACAGUCCAUGCUUCCCCAAUACCUGGAACGAUUUAAGGCCUCUCAGUCUAAGCUGCAGGAGCUGGGCAGAAUUGAGUCAGAAAGCCUUUUGACUCUGACCACCCAGCUUGUGAAAGAAAAGCUCCCCACCUGUGAAACUGAGGACCUUGCCACCUAUGAGCAGAAACUGCAGCAGUGGCACCUGGAGCAGAUGCAGUUGCUACAGAGAGAGAAGGAGCAGAAGGAGAGAGCGAAGCAGGAACACCAGGCCCGGAUGGCAGCAAAGGCAGCAAAGGCAGUGGCCUAACAGGCUCCAGGCCAGCCAUAUACAAUAGCCAUCCCAGUAUGCAGGCUAACCCAGCAUUCAGCAAAGACAGGAUGGGGCUCAGCCUCUGCUAUGAAGCUUCUUGUCUUACAGCAAGCCAUGCAUGGUCUGAAAGCCACAGUGUGCUACAUAUCAAGACACUGCCCAUCCAGAUGCCAAGAAAGGCUGUAGAGCUAGUGGUGAGUGGUUGGACUGAAGCCACUAGCUAAAUCCCUUAAAGGGACUCCUGAGGCUUACAGUGGAGUCCUGGGCACAGAGUGAAACGUUCCCAAUAUCUGGUGAGGGUGGUGGGAGAAGCUCUGGCUGAAACUUCAUGCCCCAGAAUCCCCUCACUAGUGCAUGCAUCCCGGUGAUCUGACCCUGGAUGCUCACACUUUCCUCCUGCAUCCUUCCCACCACAUUCUGCCCUUUUCUCUGCCCUGGGAGAAGCCCAGGACAGGAAUGAUCUCAAGACACAAUCCCACUAGAUUUCUGAUUUCAGGCAGCCACAGUGACAAUAGUAGAAUGUAAGGGCUUUGAGAACUUUGCCCUGGCUGUGAAGCCCUUGUGGCUUGCAUUCUUCAGCAUAUCAGGGUAACUUUCCAACACAUUGUCCCAGCUCCCUUACCGAGUAUGCAAAAUGAGCCUUUGGUGUAUGUGCACACAUACACACACACACACACAAAACUUUAGAGCAAAUAUUUCUGUUAAAGGAGCCUGAAGGGCAUAGGUGGGAUGGAGCCUGAAGGGCAUAGAUGGUUGCAAUCAUUGUAAAACUGUAGAAGAUGGACAGUUGAUGCUUCUGUGAAAGGGUCAGGGGACUUUUACCUGCUGUGUAAUGUUGCCUUUAAGUACAGUGAUGUAUCUUUAUUCAAGAUUGUAUUCGUUUAUCAAGAACCUGUGGAAAUAAAGACACCAAAAUAA